AUGGUUCCAUUACAUGGUCACGUGGGCUACGAUAAAACUAAUGCAACAGACUCGAUUUUUCGCGGAGUCGUUAAAACAUCUGAUGGAACUUGUCCGUUAGAGCCAAGAGAUAUUCCUGCAUUCUUUGAACACGUAGAAAAAUUUUUUCGAAACUAUCACGUAGACGGAGAAAUUCAAGCCAAUUUGUUGAUAAUGAGUUUGAACGAAAAGGCCAAAACAUGGUUGCAUACUAUUUCCGCCGACGGUCUGAAGGAUUAUAGCGAAAUUAAGACUCAUUCUGCAGGAGUUCAGGUUAAACCCGACAAAAUUGAGAGAUGA